GCCGUAGUUUCCCAUUUGUUGUCAUUGGAAACCAAUGAGGAUCGAGCCGUCAGGUAAUAAUAGCCACCUUGAUGUGAAGAAAAAAGUAUCCAGUCUUGUUUCACCUGAGCGCGGUCUUGGGCUUGGGCGCGACAUUCGGAUCAAUUGGAGAUCUACCACAGCGUUUGUAGUCUGGGUGAUACUCAUCAAAUUUGCGAAUAUAUAGGAAUAUCAUAACAAAAUUGCACACUGAUGCAAUGUUGCA